UGUGUAGGUUAUGUAAUUUUUUGACAUUUUCACUACGUCACUACGCGCAGACGCAAAUUGAGAUAUUUUAGCGCCAUUUUGUUUGAUUGUUCAAUUUUGACAGUUCAUUUUGUGCCCCCUUACUCGUCGUGAAGGUAAGAUUUAUUCUAUUUAAUACAGAAAUUUAGAAGUAAAAAAUUUGUUGAGUCAUGGUUUCGGUUGAAUAUAUUAUGCGACACCCUCAGUGCCAACAUAAAAAACUAAAUGCGAACAUGUAGAACCUAAGUAAGGUCCCAGGCGAAAAACAAACCGAAAACGAGCAAGCGCUGAAUGAGAGAUUUAAAACUUACGAAGAGAGCAAUGAAAGAGAGAUUCCGCGGAGACAUAUGGACGCCCAGACUACAGCAAGAUCUUUGCGACUCGACGCAUUACGUAAAUCGAUCUGCAAAAGCCAAGCUCUCUCGAAAAUAAUUAAUAUAAUGUGCGCACAAUUCGCAUAAAACGCGUCGUCACACCGGACAAACAAUGGCAAUUCAAAUUCCUUGUUAACUAUUUCGUAAAACAAUACCUAACGAUACCGAAUCGAUGCUAAAUGAGGCAUGCGACACUCGUUUUUCAUUUGUUUCGCACAGAAACACUAAACAAACGACCCUAGUCCACGCUGCGUGGCGAAAUAAGAUUGCAUAAAUAAUCGAUUGUAAUCGAGAGUUCAAAUUGAAAAAUGUCGCAACAAUUGUAGCAUUCGUCCAAGUGCGCGCGGUAUGAAAUUCAUUGAGCGCAAUGAAAGUUGUAAUCUACAUUAUACUACAAACGUUACAAACUACAAACACAGCCGACGAUGCUGAAAUAGUACUGUGAAGCAUGCAGGAGUUGGGACGUUCGGAGCGCGAGUUGUUUGGUAAUGCGCAUGCGUACUCCUCGCGCCGUUGACUACGCGUCGAAAGUAAGACUACGGUAAAUUGUAAAUAAAAACGUGAAAAUCUAAUGAUUCUUUGUGAAUUAAAUCGUAUCAUAUGCGGAAAAUUGAGAGCUAUCGAUUGAUGUAACUGUCACUAGGUGUAACGCUUUAAAAUAUGCAAUUUUAAGCAAAAUUAAGGUGCCGGUACUCAUACCAUGAGUGAUCGCCGCUCCGAACCGAGGACGCGACGCAACCGAGGAUGGAGAAGCCGGCACCGGCAAACAGAUUUUUGUCGAAUCCACCGGCAGUCGCAGUUGCACCUUCUUCGCUGUUGGACGUCCAUCGUCUGCAACGGGAGCCCUACAUUUUCCCAACUACAUCAUUGAAAUAAGCAUGUAUACAAAGUUGAAUGUAGAGCCGAAGAAGUGUGGAAAAGUUAUAAUUAACGUGCUGCUGAUAUCGUCUGCGGUCUGUUUCGUCCUCGACACGCCGUGCGUUAGAAAAAAACUGAACUCGCCGCAUUAAUCAACGCGAUCGGCGAGAAUAUCUGCACGAGAACUCUUUUAAAUAAAUUGUCGUGCUCGUCAACUUGUACCUCCAACGAAGAAGAAAGCAGCGGCCAGAGAGAUAUAGAAACAAACAAAACAGUGUACGGCGAAUUUGGUUCCUUUUUUUCCACUUUUUUGUUUAAUUUUUAAAUACGUUCACCCGCCAAGAGAUAAAUCAUAGUUUACAGUAUAAUCUAAAAGUGCUUUAAUUGGACAUACCUCGACAUAAUAUUAGAGAUAUUAUAGCUCAAAACCUCCCGCUGAACGGCGGACGAAGCCAGGGAAUUUUGUGAUACUAGAUAUUAGUAACUAUUAGAAUUAAAAACACAAAUAUUGGUCAGAGUGGUAACGACACAUUGUUAUCGAGCCAAGUGAAGUAAAACUACUUAAGAUACAAAUUAAAGUAGCUAAUAUGGCGACCAGCAUGUUGUUCGAUCUGUACGAGGACAUGUCUUCGGACUGUUUGCUCACUGAAGAUAUUUGGGAUAAAUUUCAUUUCACCGGUGGCUGGGAUAUGACACAAUUUGAAUGGAAUCGCGGCGAAUAUGAUAGCACCAAAUGUCCCGAUACAGAAAUUGUUCGCCAGCCUGAAUCUGUCGAGACUAAGGGUGAGGAAAAGAUUCGUAAUCAUGAUUGUAUGUGGGCUGGACAUUGUGGUAGCAAGGAGCAUUCAGUGGAAGAUAUUAAAAACUGCCUGGUUACACCUAUUGCUAUGAUGAAUUAUCAACCAACACCACCGACAAGCCCUCCGGCUCCCCCGUUAAUAACACCACCAGUUGUCCCCACGAAACAAUCCCCCAUUGCACCGGGUAGAAGUCUGCUGUUGAAGACACAACCACAACAGCAACAACAACAAUAUAUGCAACAACAGUUUCAACAAGUGCAAACCUCAGUAGAACAACAGAAUGCACUGCAGAAUACUAAAUUUUACGAUUCGCCGCCCAAUUCAGAUGAUGAGGAGAGCAAGUCCCAAGUUUUACAAUAUCUACAAGAAUACAUCUCCGAGUGUGAUCUGGACGAUGAAGAUCUGGUGGACUAUUUCAAAUCAUUCGAGGAAGAGGAAGAUGAUCAGUUGGAAGAUCCUAAGCCUAAAAUUGAGCCCAAACCGAAACCUAAAUGUCCCACUGUUCAAGAACAGACCAGCCCAGCAACUCAAAAGGUCGCCAAGCACACAUCGCCUUUCGUCAGCGACCACUGCUAUCAUAAAGAUAAGAACGACAGCAUGAAUAUGCCGGAGACACCAUCAGAUUCCGAAGAAGAAAUCGAUGUUGUAUCAACCGAUGACAAGCACCUCAAUCCUCAGCGAGGAGUUAGCGCCCUGCCAACGAAUCCGACCACCAGAGACCGCCAGCAGAUUCAGAAGACGAUGGCUUCCGCAAUUACGAAAAACGGCAUUCGAACAUUGGUGCCACGCAAAACCGGCCCCGGCAGCAUAGAGCAUUCCCCCUCGAAGCGGCGGCCGGACGCCCGCGGAAUCAAACGCAACCGCCAUCGAAUGCCCACGUCGCCCUACAAGAAACAGCGCUCAUACCACGCUCACCAGCAACAACUCAGCAGCGACAGCGAGCAGGAACCGUCCGAGAAGCGCAUCGAGCACAAUAACAUGGAGCGCCAACGGCGGGUGGACCUCCGGAACGCGUUCGAGGAACUGCGCGUCCUGGUGCCCGAGGUGAACAAGCGUGAGCGUGCGCCUAAAGUGGUCAUUCUGCGCGAGGCGGCCGUCUACUGCCACAAGCUGACGGACGUCUCGGACGCAAUGCACCGGCAGGUCGAUGAGAUGCGGCGUGUGCAGAAGCGCUUGCGAACACGACUGUCGCAGCUGCGCCUCAGUCUGGCGCCCAAGCAUCGAUAAGCAAUGCGCGGUAAGGACACAAUGUGAAACACACUCACACACACAUACUGAAUUUCGCUUGGUUGCGUAUAAAUUCACUUUUCAUUACUAAAGAGGUCAAACUUAAAACAGGAAAAAGCUAACAAUAACGGAAAAGUUGAAAGAAAAAAAAACACACGCAAAAUUCAUUACAAAAAACAAUAUAACUGUGAUUUAAUUAAAAGUUUCAACGUAUUUUUGUUUUGUUUGUUUAGUUUUAUUUUCGAAUUAGGAAUGAAUACAUUUUUAGUUUUCUAAACACGUAUCCAAUUGAAUUUGAUCAUUUUGGCACAACAAGGAAGAAAAGCUCAAUUUAGUUUUACACAAUUUGUGUUUUUUUCGUAUUGUAUAUUGUAUAUAUUAUUGUAACGAAGUCGAAAUACGUUUGAGUUGGUUUUUUGCUUCUAAUUUUCGAAACUACACUUUUAUUUGAUUGAUCUAGAAUACGAUUGAUAUGAAAUUUAGGCUAAGGUUUAGAAACUAUUUGUAUAAGGGGCGCCAACGAGCGAUGAUUGCUGGCGGAAGAGAAUCGGCUCAACAACUGUCAUUUGUAAAUAAAAUACCACUUAAGUUUUUUUAUUUGUUCGAAAAAAAUCGGAACCAAUUUUUCGUUGGUACUUUUUUUGUUAAUUUGUUAUUGUUCGUAUUUUUUGUUUACGCGAUUCUAUAAUUAGACAUAGUUAAAAUGUUUAGACCCAGAUACUUUUAAGGGCAACGCAGAGAAAAUGCAAGAUGAAACACGAAAUGUCUCGAUUCUGUUUAAUUCGCGCACUAACCGUAUUUACGCAUACGAUGAACGCAAAACAAUAAUAAAAUCACCAUAUGACCCAUAUAAACUGAAACAAUAUGUAUAGUAACGAAUGCAGCUGAUAUAUUAUGAUAUUCAUACUGUAGGGAUAUAUUUUACUAAUUAACAUUUAUUAAGGAAAUAUCAUAAUAUCAUACAUUAGUAAUAUGGUACCUACCCAUCAUGUGAUAUAGUUUUAAUGAGAACGAUUAAUCUAAGACAAGAGAGUAACACGGUUUCGAUGGAGGAAACAAUCCACACACACAAAAAAUGAAUAAUGAACCGCAAAAUUUAUAUGACUUAACAUUUCUUAACAUUUAUCUAAAUAAACAAGGAGUUUUUUUUUAUGUUAGGUAGGGAAAAACGGGAAGUGACUGCAAAUUGGGUGUAAAGAUAGUCACAUUGCUAGCUUAGUAUUUUAGUAUAUUACAGCGUCUUUCUUAAAUUCAAUUCAAUUUUCAUGUUUACGUUUUUACAUUUUUUUAUUUUUCCUCUUUACGCGUUUGGAAAUAAUAUGCGAUAUUGUUGAGACAUCGGUUAUAAUGUCAAUUGUUUGCGCUCGUUUUAGAGGUUUGUGAGGGCGGUAUGUGUUCUGUUUUUGUUUUCUUAUUAUUGUUUCGCUGUACGCGGACUCAAGACAACACUUUAUACUUUAUUCUCGACUCAUCGCACCACGCAAUUGUUUCUAUGAAAACUAGUACAUCUACUGAAAAAUUACGAUGAGAUGGAAAUUGAAACGGUCUUCCUAAAUAUGCAUUGAAAUAUUUGCAAUAUUGCAACAGAAAUAGUUUAUAUUUAUUCUGAAAUUAUACCGACGACAAAAAUAUAUAUUAAAGUAUGAUGUAAGCGCAUACACAUUGCUAGAAAGCUUAUGGAAUAUAUUUAACGUAUAAUGAAGAAUAAAUUUACGAAUAGCUCUUAUACAAUACUUACAAUUAGUUAGAUCAAGAGAAUUGUUGUGUUCAUUAGUACUAUAUUUUACAGUAUUUUAUACGAUAUUUUGAUACGACGAGAAACAAGAAAAACUACGAAAUAAAUAAAGCAAAUACACACAAAGUUAACAAACAAAGUUAAAAUUAUAUUUAUAUACAAAGAUAAAAACAAAAACGACAAAAAAAUAAGGAAAAUCAAAAAAUACAAAUAUAUGGAAAGAUAAUCUCUAGUUUUUUACACACACUGAGAAUUACAAAGCAACAAACAAAAAAAGAGAAGCGAAUUAGAAAAGUCUGCUGGUGCAUUAUUUUCUCACCUUUGCAACACAAAUUACUUCACGUUUGAACUUAUUUGGCAUCGGUAAUUUUUUUAUAUAUGAAUUAUUUUAGAUAUGGAUGAUGAUGAUAUGUACCUGUGAUCCUCGCGUUAACCAAAUAUGUUUAGAAAUAUUUAAUUGAUGCUAAUGUUAAUUGAUUGUAUAGUUAUACAAAACUACAAUAAACAAUAACCUGAAGUACGCUAUUAAAAAGGUGGAAAGUAACGCAUUGGGCAGUACAAGGCAAAAAUUAAAAACUCACUCUAUUUUAAAAGGCACAUAAUAGGCGUAGUCGACGCAGCCAACAUCUAAAGGCAAAAUCAAGAACAACCAACAAAAACAAUGAAAUGAAAUGAAAAAUGAGAGCAGAGCAAUUCUCACACUUGAUCGACUAAAUGCAUAUAAAAUAUCUAUGUGUACAUGAAUACGGUUUUCUUAAACAUGUGUUAAUUAAUGUAAGUUAAAAUAACAAUUUUCAUCCUUAUUCGAUGAUGGUUAUAGUUUUUUUUUUAUACCACAAACAAAAAAAGAAGGUGUCUAUGAUGAUAGAAAUUAUUUGGUAAGAAAAGGAAAACCAGUGAAUUUUUUGCAAACAAAAUUGUAUAUAUCUGUUUUUUAUGUUAUUAUUUGUACUUAUUUCUUCUUUUUUUUAUUAUUUCCUCUGCAAAAUUACAUUGUUAUUGGAACGAGAGUUUAUAUGAAUACAUACCACUUUAUCGAUGGAAAACGAAAUUCUUUUCUUUUUUCUCUUAAGUAGAGUUUUCUUUUUUGUUUUGUCUAACUAUUAUUGUAAUAUCUAUAUUUCUAAUAAUUAAAAUAUGCAUAGACUAUAUAAUAACACACAUCUAUUGUAUGCUGUUUAAAAAUUGGUUUUAGUUCCUAAGAGUUUACAAAAUAAAUUGUUGAUUGCUUCACUUGAAAA